AUGUGCGACAGCUGCAAUGAGAUUCUGGUGCUGAUUAACAAUCAUCAUAGUCGCCAUGUCUCUGGUGGGCUGUCCCAACUUAGCAGGAGUGAAGUGGAAACCCUCAUUCGAUAUGCAUUUUCUUGGAACAAUAAGAGGUGCCUGUGUGUGUACAAGGACUUCAAGAACUUUGACAAGCUGACCAACCUCGUCCAAGUGGUCCUCAGUAUGGGCAUGGAGCUGAUUCAGUCCUUACCUGACAUCCUUCCCCGAAAGCUGAAAGCCAAAGCUCAAGAAACUGCGAGAAAAGAGUGCAACCAGCCUCAGUCGUCUGUUGAUGAUGAGGUCACGAGGCGGAGUAGUGAGUCAGCAAGUGAUGAGAGUAAAUCGGGGGAAGAGGGGAGUAAAGAGGAGCUUGGUUCAGACCCUGAGGAUGAAAGUAUUUGGAGUGACUGGAGUAUUGAGGAGUUGAAGCGGAUGCUGGACUUCCAGACUCAUCUGUUCCUGUCCAAUUUUGCUGUGUAUAUGGCUCAUAAGGUCAUGACUGCUCACAACAUGGAGGAACUGUCCUCCGCAGAGACAACAGCUUUACAUAACUACUGUGAGAUCAAUGACAUUGAUGCCCCACUCCUGCUUCUUCGGAACAUCUGUUUCUUCAUCGACAGCAACGGAGUUGGGGCGCUGAGACACUGUUUUGAGAAAGCCAACAACAAGAACUUGCCGCUCAUUUUUGCCCACACGCUGAUCACUAUCAUCACCCACCUACGAAUGUGGGUCAACACGCCAACCAUCAUGUCAUGCAUUCUCCCGCUGCGCUCGCCCAUCAUCCCAGCAGCUCACAAUACCAUGGAGCUCAUGUGGCAGGCUAUUAAAGAACCCAUGGACUCGCAGAUGACCUUUGACCGGGAAGUCAUGGCCUUGGUGUACAAAUGUCUGACAGCUUCCACAUUGACCAUUUUUAUCGUCUCGGAGGCAUCUGCCAGAUUAACGAUGAUUAACACCUACAAUGAUAAUAUCAGCAAUGAAUCAAUGGCAGAUGUUGAAAGUUUUGGAGAGGAAAUGGCCAAAUGGUUGACAGAGCACAAAAUCAUAGAUCUGAUUUUUGGACCAAAUUUACAUAUUGAGAUCAUUAAACAGAGCCAGAUCAUCUUGAACUUUCUGGGAGCUGAGGGGAAGAUAACCAACGCCAACCUGGAUGUCAUCUGGGGAGCUGCUCAGCUGAAGCAUUGUGGGAAGCAGGUGUAUGAAGUUCUGCUGCCUCUCAUCAAAUCUGUGGAGCCAGAGCAGAACCAGCACCUGAGACAUCUCAUUGAUAAACUGGACCCAGCAUGCUACAACGAAUCUGUUCUGUGUUUGUCGUCAAUCCUAACUCGAAGCCAGUGGCAGACGUUUCAAGCAGAAGAAAGUCAGAGGCGCAAGCUGACGGAGACUGUCGCCCUGGCAGGGACCAGAAGAGCCGUGAAAGCAGCCACUGACCACAUGAGCAGCAGUGACAGUGAGUCAGAAGAGGAAGGAGCCCCACCCCCAACCAAGAUUCAACGGAGACUGACUGACCUACACAUGGCUUCCGUUUGUGAUGAAGUGGUCGGGGCGCUAAGUCCCGAGGAGAACCACUGCUGUUCUGGGUGUAUCCCGCGCCACACCAUCCAUCACCUGCCACAGUCGCAUCAUCCGCUACCCCAGCAUCAUCACCACCACCAUCACCAGCAGCAUGUACAUCAUCAUCAUCCUCACCACCACCAUCAUCAUCAAGGACAGCGACAGCAGCACAUGAGUCUGCAUCACGAUGGUGGGGGCUCCGACAGUUCGAUGGAAGGUCAGUCAGAGUUGAGUUAUGAGGAGGACGAAGAGGAAGACAACCCGAGGCUGAGGGCCGUGGUGCAGAGUGUCAUGGCCAAAAAUGUCCAGCAGAGGCCUGACAACUUUGACGAUGGAGGGGAAUCCAGCGAAGAUGACGGGGGAGCUGACGUCGUGGUGAACAAGGAGGGUAUUCCCUUGAGGAGAUCUGUCCGGGGUCGAGUAGGCCGGAGACCUGAAGGAUUAGUUCGGAAAGAUGUUGGGGGAUUGGAGGUGAAUGCUCUGAUGGGGGCGGCGCUGGCUGCUCAGAAUGCAAAUGCUAUACAAGAAACAGCAACAGAUGAUGAAGAAGACGACGAGGAAGAGGAGGAAGAUGAAGAUGAGGAGGUGAGUUCGGAUAAUGAUGAAGGCAGUGAAGGACCUCACCAGCACCGACACCACAACAAGGAACGAGAAAGGCAGUUGCAGCUGGAAGCAGAGAAGGUGAUCCGACGGCAGAGGCUGACUCGACAGUUGAUGGCCGCUGGCGCAGAGGAGCAGUCACUGGUUGAGGUGCACGAGGUUGAAGAGGAUGACGAGGAAGAAGAUGAUGAUGAAGAUGAGGAAGAAGAGGAGAUGGAAGAAGGGAAAGAAAUUCUGCCUACCAAGAGAUCUGCGCAUGGCCAGGUGGAAGAAAAGCACAACAGCAGCCUGAGUGAUGAGGAGUGGCAGGCCAUACACGGACACAUCCACCGACACACUCCAGUGAGGAGCCACGGCCACCACCAUGUGUUGAUAGAGGAGGAUGAGGAGAUGGAGAAGGUUCUCAUAAGGAAUUUGGCUGCCAAGGAGCUCAAACCAGGGACAUAUGGACUGAGUAUUCUUAGCCCCGAUGACGACGAAGGCAGCUGCCACAGUUCUCGGAUCAGUAACAAGUCUGAGAAAAACAUGGCAGACUUUGACGGUGAGGAGGGGUUGAGCGAGGAAGAGCUAGCACAAAUCAAUGCUCAUGUCAGAUUUAAUCAGCCGGCACCACACAUCACUGCUUUAUACCAUCCCCAUGCCAGAGGUCAUGGUGUUCGCAGACCAAAGCAGAAGCCCAAGAGCCCGGCAUCAGACUUUUGCCUGGAUGAUGUCUGCAAACCUGGGCACACCUUGUUGUGGGACCUGGUUCAGGACAAUAUGGUGGGACUCCUUCCUGAGGGUAUUGCCAGCGAGGCAGAGAAAGCCCUCACCAACCUUUUGUGUUGCCCAAAUGAUCGUCAGAUUAGAAUGAAGUUUAUUGAGGCAAUCAUUGAAAAUCUGGCCAAAAACAAGUCAGUGGUGGUGUCCCUCCGUUUGCUGACGAAACUGUUCAGCUCCUUCAACAGCAUGCGUCCGAUGGGAGGUGGAUCCCACCGUGUUGUCAUAUGGGCAGAGAGGACUUUGAAUAUGAUGACCCACUUCUUCAACAAUUUGGUUCACUUCACCGAGCAGGCACAAGACAGAGCUACCUGGAGUUCUCACCAUGGAUUCAAAGAAGAGGUCUCCGCACGUCUUGUGUUCUUAUCCUGUGUGUUCUCAUGCCAGUAUUCCCCAGAAACUUUUAGAUUAAGCCAGGAACAGACGGACAAACUGUGGGAGUGCCUGGCGACCAACCCAGAGAGUUGUGAGGAUUGUCUCAGCUGGUUUUAUGAUCAGGCUCGAGGCAAGGAGAACCAUGCGCUGGAUCUGGACACCAUGAAGCAUAUCUUUAUCAAUAAGAUGCCAAAGCUGGAAGCAGAGACAAUGCCCAUGAUUGGACUCAACUUGUUCCAGCAACUGUCCAACAUCACCUGCAUGUCGAUUCAUGGCAAACUUGCCCUGACGGAAGAUCAGGCAUGUGGUAUGGAUCAGCUGUGGGAGAUUGCCCUGAAAGCCAACACUAAAGCAGUCUCGGCCGAAGCUAUUCACAUCCUCAACAACUACUACAUCAACUAUGGUGGUGGUACGCUGGAUAAAGAGGAGGAGUUUGUACAGCGGUGCAUGAACAGAUUGAUGAAGACUAUGCAUACUUUGACUGAGGACCCUGCAGGCAAGCUGCCCAUCAUUCAGCGUGGUCUGUUGUUGUGCAAACAUCAUCUAGAUGCCUUUCGCCAGCGCUACGCCUACCAUCUUCACAUGUGGCAUCUGGAGAAUUAUGGGAUAUCUAGCCAUCUGCCAGUUAGCAGACCUCAGGUGAUCAACAUCUACCUGCAGAAUACAGACAUGUCAGACAAG